AUGUUGCACUGUAUCGAGAAGCCGUCCAGUCGUCACAAGACGGCACCUUGGUUGCUGCUGGCCAGGCAGUUGAUGGCAACAGAGACCAGAGAUUCGAUCAGGGAUCCUGUACCAGAACAGAAGAACAGUCUGAUCCCUGGUGGAGGGUGUGGAGUCAUUACUGACAUCCCAGCUGGACUCACGUUCCACUUUUCAUUCAGCGCUAUAGAGGGACGCUACGUCACUGUGCGUCUCCCAGGAAGCCAGAGGAUUCUAAGUCUCUGCGAAGUUGAGGUGUUCCCUGUGGACCAUGCACAUCCUAGAUCCAACGUGGCACUGAAAGGAGCUGCCGCCCAGUCAUCGACGCUCCCAUCCGGCGAAGCCUCCAAGGCCAUCGAUGGGAGACGGAACUCGUUCUACAGCAACGGGUUCUGUAGCCACACUGCCGAGGACGAGACCAAUCCCUGGUGGAGGGUGGACCUGGGACGAACUUAUGUUGUCACAUCUAUCAAAGUCACUAACAGAGGGGACUGCUGCGCUGAGAGACUGGAUGGGGCCGAGAUCCGAAUCGGGAACUCACUGGAGAACAACGGAAACAACAACCCCAGGUGUGCCUCCAUCUCCCACAUCAAAGCAGGUAAAACCAACACAUACCGCUGUGACGGAGGCAGCAUGGACGGUCGCUUUGUGAAUGUGAUUAUCCCCGGAGAGGGAAAGACUCUCACCCUGUGCGAAGUGGAGGUGUAUGGUGCCCCAGCAGAAGAUACCAUUGCCCCUACCGAUCCUCCCGUUGUGAGCGUGAUGCUGAAUGGCAGGUCUGUGACGGUGGUGGGAGAGAGGCUUUGCUGGUCCGACGCUCUGUUCUUCUGCAGGAGUAACCAUUGGGACCUGCUUAGCCUUCGCAGCCAGGAGGAGCAGAGCGAGGUGGAGCUGCUGCUGAACAGCACAUCUUUCCCCCUCACAGACUACGUCUGGCUGGGGUUGCGCAGAUACAUAAUGGCGGACACGUGGUUCUGGAUGUCUGGCGAUGCCAUGAAAUUCACCAAAUGGCCACAAGAUAUAGCCCCUCACCUUUUCCACAACCCCUGUGGCGGCAUGGCCAUAGAAGAGCCCUUCCAGUGGGAGGACCAGCAUUGUGACCAGCUCCUCAACUUCAUCUGCCAAUCAGGUGCCGAGUUUGGAUCACAAAAGGUGUAUUACGAGACCACCGCCACCAGCAAAGCCAACAGUCCUUAG